CAACCCUAGUAGCAUUCCAUUUUCCGUUCAAACGGUUUUUUUGUGCGCGUCGCGCUUUUGUUGAUUGACUGAUAUAACAAUACAGUAAUUUGUUAAGAUGGACACGCCGCGCCGUAAGCUGCGCAACUUGCACAUGGUGAACGUACAGAACAGCAGCACUCCAAUUCGCGUCCCGCCGUCGCCGAUGUUAAAAAGGCUUGGUCACGGUACCGGUGUUAGCGUUUACCGCCUGGAUCGCUCACCGCGAUGCGGCCAAAUCCGGUCGCCGUGGGCUGUGAAGCGGCUCAAUCAAAACAUGCGGGUUAAGAAGGACACGCUCUUCAACGAACGGAUUGUCCACGAGGCGGAAAUCCUGCGUAAGCUGCAGCAUCCGAAUAUCGUAGGUUUCCGUGGAGUCAUCACCAAUGAAGAGGGCCUUAAUACUCUUGCGCUCGAAAUGUGCACUACUUCGCUUGGUUCCAUACUCGAGGAACGUCACGACGAAGAUCUAGGUCCGCUUCAGGCUAAACACACUUAUAAGAUGAUUAUGGACGUUGCUCUGGCCCUAGAUUUCCUUCACACUGAGGCUCGGUUGCUGCACGGCGACCUCAAAUCCUUUAAUAUCCUGGUUAAGGGAGAGUUUGAGAUCUGCAAGCUGUGCGAUUUCGGGGUCUCUCUGCCGCUGGACGAGCAGGGCGAGAUUAAUUUUGUUAAGAAUCCCGAGCUGCGCUAUGUGGGAACUAGCCUUUGGUGCGCGCCAGAGGUCAUGGACGAUGUGGACAUCAUAGACAGCAAAGCAGACAUUUUCAGCUUUGGUUUGGUUAUCUACGAAACCCUGGCCCUGGUGCCGCCACAUACCUUAGAACUCGAUGCAGCGCUGGGCGAGGAUAUGGACAGCUCCCACGAUUUGACCACUGAUGCUGAGAAACUGCAGCGCAAGCAUCUUACCUUUUCAGACAAUGAAAGUAAAGGUGGGAAAGAUCCUGAAGUCGAAGAAGAGCAUACAGACAACGAUAUGAGUCAGGAUGUGGCUGAGGAGGAAAAAAAGGCGGUCGAAGAGGAAGAGGAUGACACCAAGGAGAACGACAUCUCUGAUUUUUCUCUAAACAACCUUCAUUCGGCUUACGGCACACGCCCGCCUCUGCCGGUGGCCUUUCAGCUGAGCGACGAUUACAACUGCAUAGUUGAGCUAUUCUACCUUUGCACGAAUACUUUGAGCGAAGAUCGUCCAGCGGCCAAGACUGUUUGGCAGUGCCUUGAGAACAAUUCCGCAAAUGUGACGACAGUAAGCGAUUAGACUGAUCAUCACAUUUAAUCUCCACACUCUUCCUUCCUUUGGAAUCUAGCUCUAAAAUUUCAAAUUUCUGGAUGUCCUAAUUUUGUUUGCUUUUAUAAAUAAUAAGCUAUAACUUCUACUUUGUAAGAAAAACUUGUCGGCGAUUGCACGCAUGAAGUCAAAAUUUAGUAUGGUGUACAUAUGUAUUCAGCAGCCAAAAAAGAGAUCGAUUGAAUCGGGUCCCAACUAAAAUAACUUUAUGGUUUCAAAAAUUUAAGACAUAAAUGUUGUCAACAAUAAAGCUUAUAAAAAGUAUUAAUUUUGAAAAAACGCUACUAAAUGUAUAUAAAACUCGUAACUCAUUAUUGGUAUUUAAACUAUAAGAUUUUGUUAUUGAUAAGGUUUGUUCACAAUAGAAGUGAUUUUUGUAAGGUGAAACUAAGUUAAAUUGAUCCAAUAUUAUAUAAAAGUAUUGCUGGUACCAAGUAAACACAUUUUUCAACUUGA